UAUGAGGUCAUUUUCAUUAUUUAUGGAUUUAUACAACAUUUUAUCUUUUUAGAUGUUCUGCAAGUUGCAAUUGAGCAUCAUUCUUCUUCUUUAAGGGGAUUAUUACUUCGCAGUAGACAGCCACCUGGUGGGAAAGUUAGCAGCUUGUCUGAACCAUUGUUAUUAGAAUUAGCUGCUGGUAUUGCUCAAGGAAUGGCACAUUUGGCAGAUAGAGGAAUUUUCCAUCGUCAUCUAUCUAGCAGAAAUGUUUUAAUUGCAGAAGGAUCCAUUCCAAAAAUUGCCCAUUUUGGACUAGGUUAUUACAAUCCUCUUGGAAAGAAACUGAUGUACACAAGGUGGACAGCUCCUGAAGUCUUGAACAUGAAUACAUUUGCAAGCAAAAGUGAUGUGUGGUCGUUUGGUGUACUUAUGUGGGAAAUUCUAACAUUAGGUGGCUCCCCGUAUAACAAUAUUUUUACUCGAGACAUUUUACCUCGUGGAAUGCAAGGCAUGCGCCUUUCUCAACCAGUUGGUGUUGGUAAUGAACUGUAUCAACUUAUGCUUAAUUGUUGGGAGCUAGAUCCCGAGGAAAGACCAAAAUUUAUGGAGUUGGCUGCAAAUUUGCAAAAUAUGUUUUUAAAUGCUAAGGAACAUGUCAAUUUCCAAGAUUGUAUAAAUUAUCAGUACGAAAAAUUUGAUCCUAGUGCAGAAGAUCAGUAGUAAUGCCUUACAUUCCAUAACUCUGUCAUCAGUAUUCCAAGACAUUUUAUUUUGUAUAUUGCAGCUAUACAUUUAUAUAUAUACAGAUUUAUAUUUUAAACAUGUAUUUUUUAUGAGCAGCUGCAGGAUGAAAAAUAAUUUGACUUUAAUCAUAUUCUGUAUAGAAUUAAAAUAAGGAUUGCCACAAAUUGUUUUUCAUUCCAAAGACAAGUUUUGUGCCUCGUAUUUCUAUUUUUACAUUUUUAUUAAGAAGAGAAUAUUACUGAGUCAUGUUUCUGCAAUUAUGUAAGUUACUUAAUUGUGAUAAUUUUUUUAUUUAUGUUUGUGUAUAUUUUUACCUUUAUACAUACUUUAAUCAUUUAUUUGUGUAAAAAGAUCAGUUUCAUUAGUUUUGAACUAUUAAGUACAAUACAGAGUGCAUCUAUAAAAUUUUAGGACCAAGUUCUUUACAAAAUCAAAAUUAUAGAAAGCAACAUUAUUGUUAUCGUCUCUUAGCCUUGUAAAUUCACACAAUGCUUGGUUCCUUCAUAGAACUUUUUUUUAGUCAGGAGAUACUGUUCAAGUUUGUGUUUGAAGUUAUUUGAAUCUCUUCAGUACAGAAUUGUCUGAGACACUUCAGAGAAGGGAAAGUAGUCUGCAGAGAUCAAACCUGUUGAAGAAGGGGUUAGUUGAUAUUUUUCUUUACCAGAGAAAAAUGGAACGCAAGACAGGAAUAGAAUGGGUGCCAUAUCGUUCAUACAGUAGAAAUGAGUUAUUCAAAUGAGCUUUCUCAGACUUAAUAGGCUCAACAUGAAACUAAAGUUUUGUAUCCAUGGUGAAUCUUCUCCAAACUAAGCAAAUGUUUUCCAUUUUGUCUCAGGAUUUCAUCUCCAGUUGAUGCAUUGAAUUUCAUCUCCAGUUGCAAUUUACUUUACUUCAAAACUUUGCUAUUCCAUGCCUAGCUUUUGAAUCCUUGACAGCAGAUAUUCACAGGAUCAAUUCAGGAUCUGCAUAGGAAAUUUAGAGUCUAGCAGAUGAUAUUUUAAGAAAAGAAAGGCUAAGAUGGCAUUGUAAUAAAUCUAUGAGUUAUCACUUGGCAAAUUUGCUGAAAUUUGUUGAAGAAAAAAUUAGUUCUGAAACUUUAUAGAUGCACUGUGUAUGACUGCUUGGAAAUAUAAAGCUGACAUAGCAUCAUUAAUAAAACUUUUCAUAAUAAUAUUGACUGGUGUAGGUAUUAUAGAAAAUACUAUGUUAUAUUUUCUUUUCCUUUUGUGAAAUCAAAAGCAUGUGCAAUGCAUGAAUCAUCUAAUUAGUGAUAUAUUCAUUACAUGCAGAAUGUGGUCUCUUCAUACAGCUACUUCUGGUAUCUUUUUUCAGUUUUAUUUGUUAGUUUGAGACAAUAUUUUGGGUAGUAGUCUUAUGCAUAUAUAUUUGAGCAAAAUGUUUUUAGUUUUGUGGUUGAGUUUUGGUUGUGUCUGGUUGUUGUUUUUAUUUUUGUGUACCGGUGUUUUAUUAUGCAUAAUUUUGUCCAAGUUUAAAUGUUUUUAAAAAUUUUUAUUGGUUUUUUCCUAGUGAUCUGUUUAUACAUUUUUUAAAGUAUGAUAAAAUGUUGUCUUAUUUUCUAUUGUUUUUGUGUUUUCAAUAUUAUAUGCUGCUAAACAUAGAAUCUCAUUUACACAUGAAACAUUUUCAUUUUGUUGGAAAAAGUCAUGUAACCAUUUUACAUUAAGCUUUUUAAAUUAGUAAUAGAAUGACAGAAUUAAUUUAUAUAUAUUUUUUCUUUUUUAACAGUCAUUUAUUUUAUAUUUAAAAAAAAAUUAAAAUUGGCUUUUGAACUAUAAACAUGGAAUUGUUAGUUUUUUUGCAGUAAUCAUCUGAACAAAUAUGUUAAUUACUUAUAAAUUUAAUAGUAAAGUUGUUUUUCUUCUGUAUUUUAAUAGACAUGCUACAGUUAUUCUUUACUAAUUGUGAAAUAAAUGUCCAUCAUAUUAAUGAUUAAAAUCACCUUAAAAAUUUUUAAUAUGUACAAAGUUGGGAAUUGGACACAGUAAUUAUUCUGGAAAAAUAUGUGUAAUUUUUUUAGAAUUUAAGAUCACAUUUUUUAAGUAUAAGAAUUUUUUUUAAGUUCAAAUUUGAUUUGACCAUAUAAAAUGGAUAAUUAAAAACAUUUCAAAGUAGUUUCUUUAUUUAAUUUUAAUAUUUUGAAACCUAAAGAAGGCAGGACAUUGUUAUUCAUAUUCUGCUGUUUAAUGGUGGAUAUACUAAAUCUUGUAAACAUGAAAUGUUUUGAUUUGUUAUUUUUCAUGUGUCAGUCUUUAUGACCAGAUUGACAAAAUUUUAGGUUCGGUGAUUCAACAGCAACAAAAAAAUAAAUAAAUAAAAAUUAAAAAUCUUUCAAAGUU